AUGAGAGGCGUGCCCGUCGCGGUCAUUCAGCUCCGGGGCCGUUGGGCCUCCACGGCGAUGGAACGCUACGUGCAGCAGGCACCCUUGGCGGUGGCGGCCGCCGUGCCGGCACAGGCCCUGGCAGCCGCCGGCCGGCGAUCGCGUUGGCAUCACCAGCGACACCUGCGGCGCUCCUGGAUGCCCAGCCACCGAGGAACGGACCGGCGCACGCCCCUGCGGCAGUGCCCGGCCAGGCUAGCAGAGUCGGCACCGCCGAAGCAGGCAGACGUACUUCCUCCGGCCGACGAGACACGAGAGGAAACGCCGCCCGCCGUUUGCUCGCCGCCGCCUCAGCAGCCAGCAGAAGAGGACCCGAGCGAGAUCGAGGGGCGCCUGGAGGAGUGGCGCAGAGGCAAAAACCUCCGCGCCCUCCUGGCGUCGCUGCACGAGCUGAGCGACCUAGCACCUGAUCUUUGGCAGCCGAGGGCCCUCGCUGAUCUCGUGGACCCGGCAAGCGCGAAAGCUGCCUUCCGUCAAGCGCUGCUGACCUUUCAUCCGGACAAGCUGCCGGAGAUGCCUCUCCUCGCCCGAGGGGUCACGGACGCCCUGGUCUCAGCCUCGAGCAAUGACCGCUGA